AUGUACUUGCUAACUCGAACAGGUCUCACGCCAGUUCACUUUUUCUCCCAUGGCUCGACCAUGAUGCUCGGAGAGGAAUCCGAGAGCGCAGACUACUGGAAGAAGUGCGGAGAUGAGGCAUUGGCCCGUAAUAUCAAGGGAGUCGUCAUUAUGGGAGCCCAUUGGGAUUGCAUGGGCGACAAGAUUGAGCUUGCAACAAAUCCAAACCCAGACAAGAGCCCCGUGGCCUACGUCCAUCCGGACAAGUACCAGAAUUACAAGCUGAACCCGGACCUGGACACAACGGAGCGGUGCAUAAAGAUGCUUGCUAGCGAAGGAUUCAAUGUCAGCGGCAACGCGGCAUUUGAUUGGAUUCACGAUGUAUAUCUCAUUCUCAUCCGCAUGUUCCCGGGUGGUUGUCCACCGACAACUUUGGUCUCAGCGAAUGCUCGUUACGAUCCCCAUUUCCACAUGAAGAUCGGUGCCACGCUGCGUCCCCUCCGGCGGGAAAAUUACCUGUUCAUUGGAACUGGAGGUGCGGUGCACAACCUGUAUCGGAAUCGGUGGGCGCCCAUGAUGCGGUUCCGGGAUAACUUUGCGAUGGAGACCCCUCCGGAGGACUGGGCCAUGGAGUUCCGACAGGCCUUCGAAGAUGUUGUUACGAAGACCUCCGGUGUGCAAUUGCGUCGUGCUAUGACGAGGCUGAUGAAGCACCCACGUUUCCGAGAUGCACAUGCCACGGACGACCACUUCAUGGCUGCUUUAUUCGUGGUCGGUGCUGCAGGAGAUGAAGAGGACGAGAAUACACCGGCAGUUCUUGGUGCGGAGAGUUGGGAAUUGACCAAUAUGUGUAAUUCGCAGUUCACUUUUGGACGUUGGCCAAAAGAGAUCGUUGUUUAA